CUGACUGAAAGCGACUCUUCUGAUUACAAAGCUGGCGGUUCGGAGCGACUUCACGGUCCGGUUCUUGUCCGCACUUGGCGACCAUGUCGAACAAGUCCUUUGCGCAACUUUGAGCUUUUGAGAGAAAACCCAAAGGAGAAGACAAAGUUACGGUUCGGGAAACAGAAGCGCAUCCUUCUCACCUGCACUUCCAACAACUUUUUGUUCUCCCUACCCCACGCCACCAAACCCAUCGUGGAUCUCCGCGGGUCCCGGUUGUUGUUUUUUUGAUCGUUCCGUGCGUCCGGAAAGAACAGACCAGAACCCCCCAGCCCAGCCCUGCACAGCCCAGCCCUGGAUUCACUACUGCUGAUCAAUGGACAGAACCUCCUUAGCGGCCAGCAGCGCUACACACACGCCGUGAACAACUCUUUCUCUCUGGCUGGAGCUCCUCUGGGGAUCUGGAAGAGGAUGGAGCGAGGAGGGGAGAGUCCCAUCACGCAGGACAGUCCUGAGCGCAGAGGAGGUGGAGGCAGCAGCCCGGACCUCGGCAGCCUGCCGCCGCCGGGGAAGAAGGGGCGCCUAGAGCUCAACGGCAGCCCCACGGGGCCCCGCGUGCGCCACAAUGGGGCGCCGCUUAGACCCCUUGGAGGUCUGAUGAUUCCGGUCUUCUGCGUGGUGGAGCAGUCAGAUGGAGGCAUCCAAGCAGACGUAUGCGAUGGAAGGGAAGAUCAUGCAGAGUUCGUGCUAGUUCGGAAGGACAUCCUCUUCUCCCAGCUGGUGGAGACGGCACUGCUGGCCCUCGGCUACUCUCACAGCUCAGCCGCACAAGCCCACGGUAUCAUCAAGGUGGGCCGAUGGAACCCUCUGCCCAUCCACUUCCUGACGGACGCCCCAGAGGCUACGGUGGCCGACAUGCUCAUGGAGGUCUACCACAUGGUCACUCUACGCAUCCAACUUCAAAGUUUUUCUAAGCUGGAGGACCUGCCCUGCGAGCAGUGGAACCACGCCACUGUCAGGAAUGCUCUGAAGGAGCUCCUGAAGGAGAUGAACCAGAGCACUUUGGCCAAAGAGUGUCCUCUGUCGCAGAGUAUGAUCUCGUCCAUUGUGAACAGCUCCUACUAUGCCAACGUCUCCACUGCCAAAUGCCAAGAGUUUGGUCGCUGGUAUAAGAAGUAUAAGAAAAUCAAAGUGGAUUAUUUGGAGAAGAUGUGGUCCGGUCGAGAUCCCACUGACAUCAAAAUUGAGCGAGACAACAUGGCUGACUUCUGCAUGCUGGGCCAGAGACCUCAUCCUCACUUGGCCGGCCUAGCUCAGCUAGGUCACCUUGGUAGCCCCCUCCUAAAGGCGGGCUCUGGAGACCCGCAGGUGCCCUCCCAGCCUCCCCAGGUGCCUCCUCCUUCCCAGCAGCCCUCGCCCCAUGGACCCCUUCACCACAGCCCCCCUCUCCACACGGGCCAGGUGCCCGCUCCGCCGCCUCCCCACCCGCCCGGCACGCUCCAGCCCCUGCUGGGCCCAGGUGGGCUGCUCUCGCCCCAACUCUCCCCGCAGCUGGUGCGCCAGCAGCUCGCCAUGGCCCACCUCAUCAACCAACAGAUAGCUGUCAGCCGCCUGCUGGCCCACCAACACCCGCAGGCCCUCAACCAGCAGUUCCUCAACCACCCGCCCAUCCCACGGGGCUCACCCAAAGUCGGCGGCGACCACCCCGGCAGCAACCCCUCGGCCGCUGAGGUGUCAUCGGAAAUCUACCAGCUGGUCCGAGACGAGCUGAAAAGAGCCAGCGUCUCUCAGGCCGUGUUUGCACGUGUGGCCUUCAACCGUACACAGGGUCUGCUGUCGGAGAUCCUGCGCAAGGAGGAGGACCCUCGCACAGCCUCGCAGUCGCUGCUGGUCAACCUGAAAGCCAUGCAGAACUUCCUUAACCUGCCCGAGGGCGAGCGAGACCGUAUCUACCAAGAGGAGCGGGAGCGCACCAUGAACCCUACGGUGGGCCUUCCCGCCUCCAACUCUUCUAACCCCAACACUCCCCGCCUCUCGCAGAAAGUGUGGGAGAGGAGCUUGGACGAGCAGAUCACGCCUGAUACCUGGGCCUCGAUUUGGAAGAACAAGAAUAAGAUAACCAACUCGCCAAAGCCCUUAGGCCCCACCCCUGACCUCCCCAUCAAGUUGGAAUCGUUGGUCAACAUCACGUCGGGCAUCUACGACGAAAUCCAGCAGGAGAUGAAGCGAGCCAAGGUGUCCCAGGCUCUGUUUGCCAAGGUGGCAGCCAACAAGAGUCAGGGUUGGCUCUGCGAGCUGCUCCGCUGGAAGGAAAACCCCAGCCCGGAGAACCGCACACUUUGGGAGAACCUGUGCACCAUCCGGCGGUUCCUGGCGCUCAUGCAGGCCGACAGGGACAUGGCAUACGAGGAGGAGUCGCGACACCAUCACAGCGAGAGGCUCCACACCGUCCUCCACCUGCCGCAGGACACACAGCUCUUUUGUCUGUCUCGCCAGGCACUCCACAGACCGCCUCCCAUCCAGAUGAAAGAGCACCGCUCAUCUCCGAUGCGAGAGGAGCUGUUGUCUGCCCCCACUACCGAAGAGGGUGGUCAGACAAUGGUGACAGGGGCUGGAGGUCCACCUUGUAGUGCUGGUAGCAGCAAGAAGCCAAGACUGCGCACAAAGAUCUCCCUGGAAGCGCUGGGCAUCCUGCAGAGUUUCAUCCAGGACGUAGGCCUCUACCCAGACCAAGAGGCCAUCCACACCUUGUCGGCACAGCUGGACCUGCCCAAGCACACCAUCAUCAAGUUCUUCCAGAACCAGCGCUACCACGUCAAGCACCACGGGCGCCUCAAGGAGCUGAGCGAGGGUGUUGCUGCCAGCGGAGGUGUGGAUGUCAGCGAAUACCGGGAGGAGGAGUUGCUCUCGGGCUCGGAGGACCCAGAGUCCAGCGAGGAUGGGGCGGAGGAAAUCUACCAGUCAGAGGGGAGUGGUAGUGGUGGCAGCACCGGAGGGCUGAGCCAGCCUCCGGCUUCCUCCAACUCAAGCCAGGCGUCCUCUGGGACCAGCCUAGUUCAAGACGAAGGCAAGGACAAGGGGCACGCCCGGCCUGGUGGCCCCCUGGCUCCAGGAAGUUCCUCAUCUAGUCCCACAGAACAGCCGGACUUCCAGAGGUAGAGAUGGCCAACAAAACGACAGAGAAACAGUGGAAUGGCCAAAGACAAUGUACAGUUUACGUCGGCACAGGAAUCACAAACCACUGGCCAGAAACAUUUCAUGACGACAAUCUAACGUUCUACUUCGGCCCUCAGUGUAAAUGUGAAACAUUUCAAUAGCUUUUCAAGGUAGAACAACACUUAGCACCACAGCAGAUCCAGAGAAAUGGGCCGCCAGGGUAAGAUGAGCUCUAGCCAAAGACAAUUCUGUUCCGAACUCUUGAGCAGUACUCUCGCAGACUUGAUCUUAGGGCCUCGGAGACCUCUCGUACAAAAAAACAAACAAAAAAAAACUCAGGACACUUGCUCGUGUUGCUAAUGCUGUUCCUUGCCUGAGAGGACAGACAGCUACCCCAAUCCUCGCUACCCCUUGAGAAUCACUACCGAUCCUAUCUAGCACUUACGACAAUUUUGUGGACGUGAUGUACCCCUGCCUACCCAAGCUCCGUUCUUCGCUGCCGAGUCUCACGAAGCUGUGAGGUUAAUAAAUGAACCACGAGAGGAGCGCUGGGUUGAUUUUGCAAGGUGACCAAAGUCAAGAGAGCAGAAACCAAGAGACUGGUGUGAAAACGUGUCAGCCAAGCAAUCAGUCACUUUACGAGUCUAUCUGCGCUUCCUCUCAAUCUAACCCCCCACCUUCUCCCCUCCCUAAUUGGUGCCCUCAGUCUCGUGUCUAACCACACAUCCCCGCACUUAAACUUCCCCAACCCUAUUUAUUGCUAUCUUUAUCCAUGAUUAUUAUUAUUAUCAUUAUUGUUAUUAUUGUGGUUGUUAUGGUUAAGAUUGCUAAGUGCUAUUUUUUUGUAUUUCAACAAUGGCAGUUAUUUUGAUAACAAGAAGGGAAGAUUUAAAAAAAAAAGAAGCCGUUACUGAGUGGUAAGAAAUAAAUUGCUGUCGUGUGUUUUUGUGUUCUAAAAGCAGCAUCCAAAAGAGAAACUUACAAAAAAGGAAAUUGUGC